AAUUCAGCAAUUCGACAGAAAAUCGAGGUCGCUGUGGUUGUUACAAGUGGAGUACACAAUACAAUUAACAUUUCUUAGAUUGGCACAGAAACCCACAGAAAUAUGGCUGACAGUCAGGCGACGGCAGCGGCUUCCACUGUUCAGCCAUGGUCUAAUAACAAAGAUGAUUAUGAACUGCAUAAUGUGCUGGGAGCUGGGGCAACGGCUGUUGUCCAGGCUGCGACAUGCAAACCCAGAAACGAAAAGUGUGCUAUAAAACGGAUUAACCUUGAGAAAUGUAAUACCACAGUGGAAGAAUUGCUGAAAGAAAUACAAGCUAUGAGCCAGUGUAAACAUGAAAACGUUGUGGGCUAUCAUACAUCUUUUGUAGUGAAGGAGGAGUUAUGGGUGAUUAUGAAAUUAUGUAGCGGAGGGUCCAUGCUGGAUAUCAUCAAAAACCGCAUGAGAUCUGGCAACAAUAAAAAUGGUGUUCUCGAUGAAGUCAGUAUUGCCACAAUUUUAAAAGAAGUCCUCAAGGGAUUGGAGUAUUUUCAUAGCAAUGGUCAAAUUCACAGAGAUAUUAAAGCAGGAAAUAUUUUACUUGGAGAGGAGGGAUCUGUAUAUAUCGCUGAUUUUGGUGUCAGCGCAUGGUUGGCCACUGGUAAAGAUAUAACAAGGGAUUCCGUCCGCCAUACUUUUGUCGGAACACCAUGUUGGAUGGCACCGGAAGUUAUGGAACAAGUUUCUGGAUAUGACUUUAAAGCUGAUAUUUGGUCAUUAGGAAUAACGGCAAUAGAACUGGCGACAGGUACUGCUCCCUAUCAUAAGUAUCCACCUAUGAAGGUCCUUAUGCUGACCUUACAGAAUGAGCCCCCGACCCUAGAUUCCGGAGCAGACGAAAGGGAUCAGUACAAAUCAUACAGUAAAGUAUUUAGGAAAAUGUUAUCUGAAUGUUUGAGGAAAGAACCUGACAAGAGACCAACUGCCAAGCAACUUUUGAAAAAUGAAUUCUUCAAAAAGGCCAAAGAUAAAAACUAUAUCUACAAAACUCUUCUGUCAGACGGCAUGCCAUUAAAAUCACAGAAAGUGAAGAGAGUUCCCGGUUCAAGUGGACGUCUUCAUAAAACUAGAGAUGGUGGUUGGGAGUGGUCAGAUGACGAACUUGAUGAAAAUUCAGAAGAAGGAAAACUGGCAGUGACGUCGGAGCGGUCACCGAGACUCAAACCAACAGCUGAAGAAUUGUCAUUGCCUAGCUCAGAAAACAUCCCAAUAGAUGGUAAUCCACCAUCAUCAGAGCAACCGCCAGUGGCCAGUCCUGUUCCUGCAAAUGAUCAAGCACCAGCAAGCAGUGUGCCGGCAGAUGAUCCACCUGCAAAAGAAGAAGCGGAGAAAGCUGCUACAAGUCAGACUGGAUCUAUAAACCUUGUCUUGAGAUUACGGAAUGAGAAGAAGGAGUUGAAUGACAUCAAGUUUGAUUUUACUCAUGGCCAAGAUACGGCUGAUAGCGUGUCACGAGAAUUAGUGGAAGCUGGUUUAGUUAAUGGUAAAGAUUUGGUGGUGGUUGCUGCUAACUUACAGAAGAUUUUGGACGGCAAGGAGCGAACGAAAACUUUUGGUUUAAAUUCUGGUUGUGACGUGAACGAGGUACCAUGUGACAAGGCUCUAAUAGGUUUCGCCCAGCUUUCAUUUAAUGAUGAUAAAAUUUCACCCAGUUAGCUUCAAACAUCUUACAGUUGUAGCAGGCAGACUAAAGUAAUAUAAAAUUUAUUUCAAAAUAAGCAUAGUUUAUGUGGCAUAGAAACAUUGAUCCACAGAGAAAGAAUUACAUGUAUUUGUUAGAAUCACCGAGAAAGAAUUACAUGUACAUUUGUAUUUGUUAAAAUGACAGAGAAAGAAUUAGUUAUUACAUGUAUUUGUUAGAAAUAUUGUUUUUAAUUGCAGGAAUAUUUUGCUCGAUAUUAUAACAUUAUUAUAUUGUGUAUGGUAUAAAAGAUGUUGAAUGUAAUGAGCAUAUUUAGACUUGUAAUGUCACUACUUUCCUGAAAAAAAAUACUUACAAAAUAAUUUAUUGUAGGGUCUUGUGUACACAAAUUUUUAUCCAACUGCAAAUACAAACUUUGAAAAUAUUUGUAUGAUUUAUAUUUAUAUACACAAGGCCCUAAGGUAUAAAUUAUAUAUAGUAUAUGGUACAUGUAUAUAUAACUUAGUAAAAUUGCAAAUGACCUGACCUCUUUGAUUUGGGAACAGUAGGAUGUUAACCCCAUUUCUUUAAUUUGGGUAAAGAAAAAUAAAAGUGAUGGGUUUAAUUAAAUUUAAUAGUUUAAUGAAGUUGGUAGCUGUGUACAUUUUAGAAUUUUAGAUCCGCAGAUAGUCUUUCGAACAAAAAUUUAAUCAUUUAGAUUUUGUCACAUGAUUAAUUAGAAUUACACAUCAGAUCAACACAAUCCAUUACUGUUACUUUAUUUGGAACCAAAUCAAAGAGGUUUGACUCCUUCAAAGUAUUGUGAAUGCCAGGCUUAAUUGAUUUAUUAUAUUAAGUACCAAUAGGCUGUCUAUAUUAACAAAUGAUUCUAUUUUCUGGGGCUACUUCCAAUACUGUUACAGUUUAGAUGAUCCUAGAUGUAGAACAAAUUAAAUCAAAAAGGCCUAGUUAGACCCUUUAAAGUUCUCUUUCAAGUGACAAAAUCCUUACUACACGUCCAAAACAGCUAAUCAUAUCAUGUGCAUGAAUGGUUGCAUACGUGUCUUUGUACCAUAUGUUAGUCCUGAGUUGAACUUAAUCCUAUCAUGGGUAGUAAUAUGUUACGGACAAUGUUUCUACCAAAAGGCAGCAGUUGUGAUUUGGGUAAGUCUCUUUCACCUAUAGCACGCUACUUUAAUAGAAAGUAGGAGGCAUGGUAGCAGGGCAAUGGACUGCAUUGGACUCCCGACUAUAAUUUCCCUGGUUCAAAACCUGGCCUUCAGAUAGCAAGGUUGGUGACAGCAGGGUCUAGUGUGCCUGUUCGUUUACACACUGAUAUGUGUGUAAAAUAACCCAUGACAGUUAGAAAUCAACAAGGAGUAGGCGCAAACAUCGCAGUCAAGGGAAUGUAACCAUAGAAAUCAUGAUCACUAUAUUUUUGUCUCAUAAAGUAUUGAAUUGACAAGACAAUAAUCCCCAUUCCACUCCAUUGAAAGCAUGGCAUUUUCACUUUAAGUUCCAACAAUCAUACUACAAACCAUCCCUUUAAUUCAAACCAACCUAUUAUGGGUGCAUGCCAAGCCAUUAAAUCACAACCAUGAUACCAUCAACACAAGUGUCACCCUAGUAAUAAACUGGAUGUAUGUUAAUAAUUAGGUCGACCAACAAUAUAUUUAUAUACCAAACCAAUGGACAAUAGAACAUGAACUUUUUAUAUUAAAUAUACCAACAGUAAGCCUGAAGGUUACAUGAAUAUAGAAAAACUACCCAAAUGGAAUGUAAUAUUUUACUUGUGUAUACUUGACUGACUAAAAAAUAUAUUAUGGUUUCAUUGUUAUAAUAACUCUUUGAGCAAGUCAUCUGUCACUGUGCUGUAUAAAUUGUAUUUGUCAGUGGGUCUGUUUGGUUUAGAUUAACAUGUUCAGUUUAUUGCUUAGAUAAACUAAAAUGUGAGAUAUGGGAUUAAGGAAAUAAAAUUUGUUGAAUUUAGAUAUGAUGUGUUAAGUCUUAAAUAAAUCACACAUAGUCUUCAAUACUUUUGAGUCGAGGAAAAAUAUGUUUUAUUUUUAAAAUAAUUUUUUAAAAAAAAGAAUUCUUAAUUUCCUUGACACCAUGCAGUAUGUUCUUUCCUUUCAUGUUGCAUUUUAUUUGUUUAUAAUAAUUUCCUGGAUAUGUUAUGUAGGUUGACUGGUUGAAUCAUUCUCAAAAGAAGUUUUAAUUGUCAGAUGUGGUUUGUUGUAGAGGUAGACUGAUGUUUUAGCUACAGAGGUUAAAGGUGCUAAUACAUGUAUGAACUAACCAAUUGUUGUUAGGUUUAAAUACCUCUGUGGUGGAAACGUCGUAUAUAUUUCAAUAUUUGUUAUAGAACUUGAUUUUAUCUGAUUAGCGACUUUGAAAUUUGUAUCAUCAAAUAUCAUCAUAACCAAAAUAUUUAUGUGACCUAGAUUUGUUAUUUAUAUAAUCAUACAAUAAAUAGACUCGGCCUAAUAUUUUGUCAUUUUGCCAUUUAUUAUCUUAAUGAUAUUAAAGUAAUUUCUCUUGUACUACAGAAUAAGUUUUAUUAUUUGAACAAGAAAAAAAAUCCAGGAGCUUUGAUCAAGAUGAGAACUUACUGGUAUAGGGCCUGUCCGGUAUUAAAUCUAAAUUUAUUUCCUUUCUAGUUACAUAAUAAGAAAUCUUAAAAUAAAAUAUUUUAAGAAUGUAGCCAUUUCAUUAAUAAUCAAGAUCCAAAAUUCAAGCUAUGAUUUUAGUGCUCCACCAAUGGGCUAUCAGUAUUCUUAAAAUAUUUUAGUUCAAGUUUAGUUCAUGAAUAAGGUCCCAGGCCCCAAGUUCACAAAGCAUUCUCAGACUUAAGUUAAGAAUUAACUCAACUUUCAAUCACUGUUCAUGAGAAAUAUCUUUGAUCCAGAUACACACAACUUUGCAUAUAGUUUCUUAUUGAUGUAUUUGAUACAUUAAAACAACAAAUGUAUAUUUUGAGUAAAUUCUUAUCUAAAGUCUGAGAAUGCUUUAAUACCUCUGGGCCAGGUUUCAGAUGGUACCAGGACUUGAAAGAAUCAACUAAUUGUUUUAUAAUAUAUAAACAGUAUUGUAAUGUAGUGUAAUGUGUUGUAUUAUGUUGAAGUUUAUGAUAUAAUUGUAAUAUGAUGUUCAUCAUGGUAAUUGUUUAUCAUGUACCAAUUAUUUCAUCCUUUACCUAUUUAUAGCAAACAGGGUAGUAGAUUGGUAGACAGUCUGUCUCCUACAGCCUUUAAUUGUUGGGUUGAUUGAAGGAUGUAUAAGCUGUCAUGACAGGGUGUGCUCCCAAACUCAAACAUCAAAUGUGUUUUUUUAUAAACAAAAUUUUUUUUUUGUUUUUUGGGUUUUUCUUUUAAUUCAAAUAGUUUUAUCUCGAACAAUAACAUAUUGUGCAUUGCACAUUUUGUCAUUUAACAAUAUGCUCCCUUGACGUCAAUUAGUCUUCGAGUGUAACAUGAAAUUAUUAUUUUUUACAUCUGAAAAAUAAAAUUAAAGACUGAAAGCUCACUAAAAAUAGGAAAGAAAUCCUUGCCCUUUAACCACAUGUUGUGUUUGUCAAAGGUCACAGCUAGUUGUUGAACACAGGGACAGAUAGACCAUGAGGCUAUGGUGCAGUAUAUGGUUGUCACCUUCAUCUAGCCUCAUGGUCUAUCUGUUCCUGUGUUCAACAACUAGCUGUGACCUUUGACAAACACAACAUGUGGUUAAAGGGCUAGGAUUUCUUUCCAAUCCAUGGUUAUGCAAGUAAGACCAUGAAUAUCAAGAGAAGAUAUCUUUAAGUGAUAAAAGUAUGAAGUAACACAAUGUUACAGAUAGAGAAAAUAUUACAAUCUAUCCACUCACACAGGUCAUUAACAUCUGCAAUGAACAGGGUUUAUUUUCUUCAUAUUUAGCGCUAAGGCAACACUAGUUUGAUUUUUAAUUCUGUAUAAUCUUGAUGAAUAGCCUCAUAUGAAUUAUGUUUGGGGGGGGGGGGGGGUGUUAGUGUGGUGGGGGGUAAUUUUUGAAAAGUUUAAAAUUUGAAGCCAAGUGUAUUUUUGGUUAUAGAUUUUUCUUUUCCUUGGAAAAAUAAGGAAGCAAAAUUUGAAAAGUUGUUCCCAAAGAAUUAAAGCUUGUUUGGCCUAAAGAGUAGCGAAAUAAUUUUGUUCUGAUAUUAAUUGGUGUCUAAAAUAGAGAUAUAUUUGUUAUGUGUUUUAAAAUGUAAACCAUACUAUAUAUUAUAUGUAACAGGAAAGGUUUUGUAAGAUAUUUGAUUUCGUAUUAUGGUUAAUGAGGGGCCUGGUAUUUGAGCCAGACAAUGUCCUGCUGGCAUUGAAAAUAUCUGUACAUGUAUAUAGGUUAUAGUGAGUAAUUGAUUUAUGGAGAUAUAACAUCCUUUAAUAAAAAUGGGAUGGCUAGGCUGCUCAAAUAUUUAGUGAUAUUUAUCAAAUAAAAUAAAACUGGCAUGCUUCAAAUUGCUUUUAAAGCAAAACUAAAUGGACAAGAUAUUUAGUUUUAGAAAAAAUAUUUACUAUUUUCAAUGAAUAGUUGGUGCCAUACCAGCAUAUAUUUUAUAUGUUUUAUUAAGAAGGAUAGAAUCUAUAUAAGAAAACUGAUUAGCACAAAUCUAAUCUUGUUAAAUAAUUCUGAAAUGGUUGUUUUGUUUUGUGUUAAAAUGGUAAAAACGUAUUGUAUUUUUAAAAGUUAUUUCCCCCUGUAUGUGGUGUUUUGUUGAUUACCAGAACUAAUGACGUCAUAUUCUUAUAUCCUUACAAUCAUGACAGAUGUUAAAUCGACAAAUACAUAAAAAGUAUAUCAGGAUGAUUAGACAAAUUAGUUUUAAUUAAAGUAUAAAAUGUAAUAGUCUCUUUAAUUUGAUAACAAAGAAUUCUGUUUUAUAGACCCAUAUGGGUAAAGGGCAUUAUACAGGAACACCAAUACUAUGAGUAUAUACGUACAAUAAACAGUUAUCUGAACUUCCCAGGAUUAACAUGGAGAGAUAAUCUACUAAUUAAUUGUAUUGAAAAUGUUCCAAUGACAUAGUAAUGGAAAUACACAGGACACAAUUUUAUGGAAUACAAUUACUUGAGCAACAUUUAGUAAUUGAUCUGAGACACACAGUACCCAAUUUUAUGGAAUAUCAUUACUUGAUCAAAAUUUAGUAAUUGAACUGGAGAUAGAGUAAACAGUUCUAUGGAAUACAAUUACUGUAAUGGUAUUCAGUAUAAAUGUGGCCUGUGUAAUAUCAUAAUUAAAGAUGACAUGUUAUUGAGUAAAUUUGAUUUUUUAUUAAGAAUGAUGAAUUUGUUUUGUAUUUAAUAAGAUUGUUGUAUUGUAAUCCGGUACCUUAUAAACUUAUAUAAAGGUUUGUUAAGCAGA